AAAUUAAUGUUGUCUGCGGAGGGGGGACCAGCGAGGGUGAACGCGGGUUCUCUUGGAGUUGGUUUUUUGAGCGAAGUGGUUGAACAUCUCACUUGUGCAGGGCGCCGGCUGUAGCAAGUAUUUGGCAGGAGAGGGCAAUAGGGAACCGUCUUCCUGUGCUCAGGAGCAGAGGCACGGGAUCCAUGGCCGCCAAAACAAACAGCCGAGUGCCGGGUCUGCUGUCUCCCGUCGCUGAGUGUCGUCUUCAGAGGCAGAAGAUUUACCUGGGCUAGUCCCAAGGAUGUGGUUAGGAGAGCAGUAACAUGGAAGAACCCAAGCUAGUACUUAAAAGAAAUGGCACCUCGUAAGGGCAAGGAGAAGAAGGAGGAGCAGGUCAUCAGCUUGGGACCGCAGGUGGCUGAAGGAGAGAAUGUGUUCGGUGUCUGCCACAUCUUUGCUUCCUUCAAUGACACUUUUGUCCACGUGACUGAUCUCUCUGGCAAGGAAACCAUCUGCCGUGUGACCGGUGGGAUGAAGGUGAAGGCGGACAGAGAUGAGUCCUCUCCCUACGCAGCCAUGCUGGCAGCCCAGGACGUUGCCCAGAGGUGCAAAGAGCUGGGCAUCACCGCCCUGCACAUCAAACUACGUGCAACUGGGGGGAACAGGACCAAGACUCCUGGACCUGGUGCUCAGUCAGCCCUGAGAGCUCUGGCCCGCUCUGGGAUGAAGAUUGGCCGCAUUGAGGAUGUCACCCCCAUCCCCUCCGACAGCACUCGCAGGAAGGGUGGUCGCCGUGGACGUCGUCUGUAAACAGCGCUGCAUCUUCUGUUUAUUAAAGCUCUCUUAAACCUCUG